GUGAAACAACAAUAGUAUCAACAAGUAUAACAAUGACAACAACAGUAACAACAGCAAUACCAGUAGCAACGGCACCAGCCAAACCAACUGGGAUACUAAAAUUAGCAGAAGAUAAUAAUUAUAAUGAAGAGGAAGCUAAUCAGUUAGAAGAAAAAGCAGAGAAAUUAGUAGACUGUGUAGAAAAUUUUGAAUUAAGUUUGGUGAAGUUGGGUGUGCAAAAAAAUGAUUCUUGUAUAUCAUGUGAUCAGAUAAAUACUUUAUCUAAUUUUAAUACAAAUUCUACUGCAUCAAAAAACGAAUCAGUAGCAAUAUUAAAAUUAUUAUAUUCAUUAGGAGAAGCAAUGGUAGAUGAUGAUGAUGAUAAGUGUAAAUUUAGCUUAAAAUGUAUGAGCACAAAUGGUACUUGUGCUCAAAAUUCCCAAAAUUCUCAAAGUUCAGGAU